UGUUCCUGCGCCGCCCAGGCCACGUGCUCCUGCGGCAAGAAGGCCGCUCAACACUGUGAUUGCGAGAGAGCCUCCACCGAAAACGUCAAACCCGCGGACAACGAGUCCUGCAACUGCGGCCAAAGAAAAAAGGGCGAGUGCACCUGUGGUGGCUCUGCCGAGUGCGAGCCGAGAGAAGGUGAAGUGUCCUUU